GCGACUGAAAAAUGAGCAUGGUGAUGUUUGUAGCCGAGUGAGCACGCGUGUAUUCAUCGGUACCGACUCGACUUGGCAACCUGACCUCCUGAUUGUGCCCUUUUGAACGCACAGUAUGGCAAAGAAACACGCUCCAACACGUAGUAAAAGAAAAGUUGUCACUGAUGACGCUGCAGAAGAACCUGGCACUGAAGGACGGAUUGAGAUGGACUGUUUAAGUGAACAAGUGAUGGAAGAGGAUACUGCCAUUGAGAGUGCAGAGAUAAAAGAAGAGGAAAAGAACCUGGAUGAACAAGAUUCUCAGAUGGACUGUGUCAUUGAAGUAAAAGGAAGCAUACCUACUGUAACCGUGUCCUGGGCAAAGACAGAUGCUGAUUCAGAAAGAGUCAGUCCAAAUGAUCAGAGUGGAGAACAAACUUUAUCAGCAUCCUCAGUUGAUGACAUUGGAUGCAUGGACAAAACUCCCGUUGAAAUAUCGGAGAUAACGACGGAAGACACAAAAGAAAAACAAGUAAUUGGGAAACGGAAGGCGGACGUUGACGUCAAGACUUGCCCAUCAAAGAAAACAAAGCUCAUCAAUGACGGUUAUUGUCUGUUUGUCGGCAACCUGAACAACUCGAAAAAGUACAAUGAGGUCAAAGAUUCAUUAGCAAGUUACUUCAUGGCACAAAGUCUUCUGUUUCAAGACAUCAGAUUAGACCGGUCAAAAAAGCAUGCAUAUGUUGAUUUGGCCUCGGAGCUGGACUUGACUAAGGGCUUGACCUUAAAUGGAGAGAGCGUCCUUGAUAAACCAAUGAAGAUCGCUAAAGCAAAGGUCAAAAAUGUGGACCAGGUGAAGGAGAAAACUCCACAGGAGAAAAAAGCGGCCAAAAAUGCUAGAUGUUUGUUCUUGAAGAAUCUCCCAUACAGUGCAAAAAAAGAAGACAUUAUGAAAAUCUUUAAAAAAGCCACUAACGUGAGGUUUCCUGGCCGAGUAGAAGGUCCAAGCCAUGGCAUUGCUUUCGUGGAGUUUAAAGAUGAAUUCACUGCUAAGAAAAUGUGGAAGCAUAAACAAGGAGCCAAGUUCCAAGGCCGGGAUUUAAUUGUAGACUUUGUAGGCGAAAGAACUGACAUUGAAGCCAUCAAAACUAACGACAAACCCCAGAAAAAUGCUGCAGCUCCUCCAAACAACAUCUUAUUUGUCAGCAACUUGUCUUGCAGUGUGAAAGAAAAAUCCCUCAACAAAAUCUUUCAAAAAGCUGCUAAAAUCAGAAUGCCUCAAAGCCAAGGCAAACCGAAAGGGUUCGCUUUUGUUGAGUUUGCUUCUGUGGCAGAUGCUGAAAAUGCAUUGCAAUCGAACAAAAACGUAAAGAUUCACAAAAGGGCAAUCAGAGUACAGUUCUUUGAAGAGAGAGAAAAGCCACAGAAGGCAAAAGUUGAUGUAAAUACUCUAAUACUCUCGAGGCUUUCAGAGAAGACGACUGCAGAGACUCUCAAAUGUGCAUUUGAAGGAGCCUGCAGUGCAAGGGUCGCCGUAGAUAAAGAGACAGGGGUUUCAAAGAAGUUUGGUUUUGUGGUGUUUGAGAGUGAAGAGCAUUGCAAAGCUGCCAGGAAAGCCAUGGAGGACUGUGAGAUAGAUGGCAGUAAAGUGACUGUGGGGUAUGCUAGAGCCAAGCCUGAAAAGAGUCAUCACCAUGGUGCCGGAGGAGGCAUGGCAGGGCAUCGUGGUGGUCAGCAUGCUGGUCAAGGGGCUGGCAAAGGUGUAAACAGCAGUAGAAGGGGUAAAAAACGGGGAGCUGGUUUAAAGCAGGAUGCAGCCAAAGAAGUGAAAAAUAAAGUCUAACUUUGUUUGCAUUGUGAAAACCUUAAGUGUACACGUGUGCAAGAUUGUUGGUCUUAUUUGACUGUAUGUCCUGUGGAAUCUUUGUCCUUUUUAUUUUACAUUUUAGCUCUAAAUAAUUCAUGUCAUAACUGUUAUAGACAGUGUUUUCAACACUGUGCAGGUGUGUAAUGAGAUGAUUAAGAUUUAAUCCCUGUCAUUUUCUAAAGUAAAGAAACUAAUUUGAAAAUGUCA